UAACGUCAAUGUCAGUGUCAAUUUAAUUCGGUCUUCGGUCGCUGUGGGCUGACGUGUUUACAAGUUUUAUUUUAGGAUUUGUUAAUAAAAAUGUGCAUAAAAGAUAUGUUUAAAAAGUGAACAUACUCUGUCAUCGACUUUUCUUGGAUAUGGGUGAUAGAAUAUUAAUAAUAUGCCUGGUAUGCCUUUAUGGCAUCAGGUCUAGUUCGGCGCUACGAGAAUACACCAAAGAAGAUAUUCUGAAAUUGAGAGAAGAGACAAGGGCGAUGUUUCAACAUGCUUAUGACAGUUACUUGAAGUAUGCUUAUCCUUAUGAUGAGCUGCGCCCCUUGUCAUGUGAUGGUGUGGACACCUGGGGUAGCUACUCCUUGACCCUUAUAGAUGCCCUGGACACCCUGGCAAUCAUGGGCAACUACACAGAGUUCAACAGAGUGGUGGAGAUACUGCUUCAAAAACAGAACUUUGACACUGACAUUAAUGUGUCGGUGUUUGAGACCAAUAUUAGGAUUAUUGGUGGGCUGCUUAGUGCUCAUUUAUUGUCCUACAAAACAGGAAUGAAACUUGAGCCUGGGUGGCCCUGCAACGGCCCUCUGCUACGUCUAGCAGAGGAUGUAGCUCAGAGGCUGAUUGUGGCCUUUGACACCACCACUGGCAUGCCAUAUGGCACCGUGAACCUGAAGAAAGGAGUCCCGCCGGGAGAAACCACUGUCACAUGCACCGCCGGUGUUGGAACAUUCAUUGUGGAGUUUGGGACAUUAAGUAGACUCACAGGAGAUCCAUUGUAUGAAGAGUUGGCUUACAACGCUCUGAAGGCGUUGUACCACCACCGGUCACCGAUCGGGCUCGUCGGCAACCACGUGGACGUGAUGAGCGGCCGCUGGACGGCUCAGGACGCGGGCAUCGGCGGCGGCGUAGACUCCUACUUCGAGUACUUGGUUAAAGGAGCCAUCCUCCUCGAGCGUCCGGAGUUGAUGUCCAUGUUCAAGGAGGCGCGGCAGGUGAUCGACCGCUACUUGAAGAAGGACGACUGGUACGUGUGGGCGACAAUGCUGCGCGGGCACGUGACGCUGCCCGUGUUCCAGAGCCUCGAGUCGUACUGGCCAGGCCUGCUCGGGCUACUCGGCGACAGUGACACGGCGAUGCGUAUAAUCCACAACUACCACAGCGUGUGGCGUCAGUACGGCUUCACGCCCGAAGUGUACAACCUCGGCACCGGUUCGGCGUCCUCCAGCCGCGAGAGCUACCCGCUGCGGCCCGAGCUCAUUGAGUCCAUCAUGUACCUGUACCGGGAGACCCGAGACCCAAUACUGUUGCAGAUGGGCGAGGACAUCAUCCGGAGCAUCCAGCACAGCGCCAAGACCCCGUGCGGGUACGCUACGAUAAAAGACGUCCGCGAUCACCGCAAAGAGGAUCGCAUGGAGUCGUUCUUCCUCGCGGAAACUACCAAGUACCUGUACCUGCUGUUCGACCCGGACAACUUCAUCCACAACCCGGGCAAGCACGGCACCGUGAUCAACACGCCGAGCGGCGAGUGCAUCGUCGACGUCGGCGGCUACGUGUUCAACACCGAGGCGCACCCCAUCGACCCCACCAUGCUGUACUGCUGCCAGGAAGCCAGGCAAGGGAUCAACAUCAGUGAAGUUCAUAGGAUAUAUCAAAUGCUCGAAGAUGAAGACAACAUUCAUUUUAUGACCAUGAUUGAUGCUACUACAAACAACGUUGCUCCAAGUAAAGCAGACGACAACAGUGAAAAAACGGAAGCUGACUCCCCUACCGAGACGAGCAAAGAAUCAAUAUAUAGUAAAAUAAAGCAAGGGCACGUUUUAAUCAAAACUGAAACGAGAACAGGAUAUGUCAAUAUGGAUGGCACAGAAAGGGAGAAAGUAAAAAACGAAUCUAGUUUACGUAACGUUGUUAAAGAACGUAUUGUAAACUUCCACAAUAAUAAUACCAGCAUCUCUCAGGAGUCCGAGGAGACUGAUGAGCAAACUACUGAAGUUAAUGAGUCUACGAAAAUAAAACCAGCUGGAGAAGUUGAUGUGGAUGAUAUAAUAGUACCCGGGCAACCACAGGAAGCAGAAAAUUUACAACCUCCAAGCAGCACAAAGGCUAAAGAAGCAUUUAAGAUGUUACCCACCGUAAUUCAAGAUUUUCUAAACAGCGAUUGGAAAUCUAAUCCGAAAUGUGAACCGCAGCACAUUUUGGAGAGAAUCCGCAGUGAGAAUAGGUAUCCAGAUCAUCCAGAUGUAGACAAAUAUGAACUACUGUUGACUCCGGCUCAGUCCUUUUUGCAGAGGAUAUCUCUAGCUGGAGAGUUUUUAAACAAAAAACAGUUGGAAUUGUGAUGUAUGUAAGUGCUCUACCUAAAUCCUGCAUCCCAGUGUAGGUAGAGCAUUUUCAAAUGCAGUUGUUUAAAAUAUCCUGAUAGGAGAUAAGAUCUCCAGAUUUCCGCAACUUUGAUCUCAAUGCUGGUAAAAAGAAAUCCAUAAAUUGAAAACAUAAUACGACAUAUUUCAUUGCUCAAGCCUCUACCUAGCUGCGUGGAAUAGUACAUUAUUGUCGAGCCUCGGAAUUAGCUGCUUGCUGGCUGAGGAUUAAUUUUAAGCGGACGACCUUGGGAGUCCUUUUAAUUGAAUCCGUAGCCAGCAAAUAGCCUUCCAGCCAAGUCAUAUAUACUGCUUUUUUCUCAAAAAUGGUGCUAGAAUUCAACUAACACACAUUAAAAUAAUUAAAAGAUUUGAUGGUUUUUAAAUUAAAAUAUAGAAGUAUAUUUUUCUACCGAAAUACUCCAACCUAUUUGAGACUGUUGAAUAGUCGCGGUACCAACAUUAUAAUAAUAAGUACUGAUCAUCUGGCUGUUUAAUUAAUCUAUGCCUUGAUCUGAUGAUUUUAAAAAAGUUUGGAACUACAAAUAAUGGAAUUUGUAUGCAACAUUGCUGUCGUGAAAUCGAGACUGCAAUUUUUUUAACUUUUUAAUUUUUGACUGACCAUUAACUACGCACUUCGCGACCUAUUUUUUAACCGGCAAAGACGACAUGUGCGUCUAAAUGAGAUGUCAGAGUGAAUGAUCGAGGAAUCUAAACUUUCAAGUACAAUGUUAUUAUGUUUGUAAAGUAAAUUGUAUUUAAUUUAUGAUUACCUGAUGUUAAGUUUGAAAUAAUAAAAAGACUGUAAGGUACUA